GUGAUUCGGUCCCGGUAUCAACAAUUUGCAUCUCGAAGCCAGUCAAGGUGGUAGAAUUCGCUGCUUUGCACGCAGAAAGAGAAAAAAAGUCAUUCGUUUGGUGCAGAAUGGACCCUGACAAAUCCGUGGCUGGCUCUCCCGUCCGGGGCGAUCCACGAUUGCCAUGGGCUUAUUUUGUUCGUAUUUGCUGCUCGAGUUUCUCCUCUCCGUUCUCCUCCUCCUCUUCCUCGGUUUCCCCAGCUCUUCUUCUCUUUUUAAGUCUGUUGCCAUCACUCAGACUUGGAGAUUCGCUGAACCUUUGGAACACUUGAAAUUCCUCUGAAAAUGGCGUCCAAGGUUGAAGAAUCCUCCACCUUGCCCUUUGGCAAGCAGGUGCCUCUGUCGGCCAUCUCUGGCCCGACGUAUGUCACUGCCCAGCUCCUUGUCCAGCAGAUUGCCUACAAGCUCUCUGACAAGAUCUUCUCCUACUCCCCUCCCACCUUUGACCUUGAUGUUGCUGCCAAGCAGUGGGCUGUCGAGGAGAGCAAGAACAUCCACGGAUACGCCCCCGAUGUCCUGCCUCUUCAGACCAGAACCGGUGCCGGUGCUCUGGCCCUAGGCUACAUCUUCUCGCCGGAUUUCGACGUCAGCAAGCGCCAUAUCCCUCAGACGCUGCUGGCCCCGUCAGGUUCUCUCCAGAACCUCCGUGGAGCCUUGGACCAGCUCUCGCUUCUUUACAACCUCUCAAGCCCCUUUGUGGCUCAUGUUGCCGCCGCCGACUACAGCGACGCCAACGGCCUCGUCUCUGACUAUGAUGUUGCUCUGAGACUGGCCGAAGACCUUGGCUUGGGUUUGGUUGCCAGCUCCUCCGCGUAUGAGUCUCAGCACAUGUCACUCUUCUCAACGCUGCUGGCUACUGUCGUCCCUACCCUCCACAUCUACGACGGCAUUCGCCUUCCCAGAGAGACUCUGAGAAUUGUCGAUGCUUUGAGCGAGGCCGGUGUCGCCGACUUGUACACCAAGCUUGUUGAGGAGGCUGGCAAGUUGAACCAGCACCUCGAUACCGCAGGCAAGGUUUUGGAACUCCUGAGACUCUUCAACGAUGAGCUCGGCACUGUCUACCAGCCAUUUGAAUACUCCGGACACGAGACCCCAGAUGUCGUCCUUGUUGCUCUGGGAAGUGUCGAGGCGCAAGUCGCCAAGGAGACUCUCAACAAGAUUGCCGCCGACGGAGCCAAGGUCGGUGUCAUCAAUGUUCGUGUCUACCGACCUUUCAUCGAGGAGGCUUUCCUCAAGGCCAUCCCCGCCUCUGCUCGCACCAUUGCCGUGCUGGGCCAGGUGAACAAUGAGAUCGCCGUGGCGGACGAGGCCACCCAGUCGGCUCUGUACGGUGAUGUCCUCACGGCCGUCACCUUCGCCGGCAAGUUUGAUCAGCAGCCCGAGGUUCUGGACAUCAAGUAUACUCCUGCUCAUUUCCUGACCCCUCAGGGCCUGGUCGGCACUCUGCACAAGAUCUUUGGAAACGACGGCGAGGUCAAGCCCGUGCCCUCUCUCUUUGUCAAGUCCCAGCAGUUCACCUUCUGGGAUGUUGACAACUCUGUCUCUGUCAAGUCGCCUGCUGCUAUCGGCACACUCCUUGCCCAGGAGUCGACCACAAACGUCCACCUGUUUGAGACUUAUGACAACUUCACCCAGGGAGGCAUUGUCCGAACUGAUCUUCGUGCUUCCAAGUCUGCUUUGGAGGCCCCUUACCCUGUCACUGAAGCCGACGUUGUGGUCGUUGGUGAUGAAAAGGUCCUGAAGGAUGUUGAUGUGUUGGCCAACAUCGUCCGUGGCGGCAAGCUCCUCAUUAAGCUGCCCAACUUCAACACUGCCGACGUUGAAAAGCGACUUUCAGCCUCCCUGCGCAAGGGAAUCCAAGAGAAGGAAGUCGGUGUCAUCGUGUUGGACCCUGCUGUCUCCCCUGCUUUCGAGAAGGAUGCAUCCAUCGCCAAGCUACUCCUCGAGCUCUCCUUCUUGCAAACUGCUUUGCCAGGAAUCUCUUCCGAGGGACUUGCAGAGGUUGUCGGAGCCCAGGCUAUCCUGCAAGAGACCAGCAACGCUCUUGUCCAGGUUCUUUCCGAACUCGAGGUCCCGGCUACCUGGUCAGAGGUUGAGCCUGAUUUCGUCCACCACGUUUUGCCCACAGGUCUGCAGCCAACUGGCUUUGUCCCCUUCCAAAAGGAGGAGGCCGAGCAGGCUCUGCAACUCCACGACUGGCAGAUCGCCGCCAAGGGUAUCGUCUUCAAGGAGGCUUAUGGCACUCAGACGACCCUGCGCCCCGACCUCUCUGUCAAGACCUCUACCGUCCGUGUUAAGGAGAACCGCCGUCUGACACCUUCAGACUACGACCGUAACAUCUUCCACAUUGAGUUCGACCUUGGCGACUCCGGUCUCACCUACAAGAUCGGUGAGGCCCUGGGUAUCCACGCCGAGAACGACGAGGCGCAGGUCAACGCCUUCAUCGAGUUCUACGGCCUCAACCCCGCAGAGCUCGUCCAGGUGCCUUCUCGCGAGAACGCCACCGCCCUCGAGGUCCGCACCGUGUUCCAGGCUCUCACGCAAAACGUCGACAUCCUCGGCAAGCCCCCCAAGCGCUUCUACGAGGCCCUAUCUGAGUUCGCCACCGACGACCUUCAGAAGAAGAAGCUGGCUGCCCUGGGCGGAAACGAUGGAGCGGCCGAGUUCAAGCGCCGCUCCGAGGUCGACACGGUGACUUACGUCGACAUUCUCGAGGAGUUUAGCUCUGCCCGCCCCAGCUUCCACGAUCUCGUCAAGAUUGUCAGCCCGCUCAAGCGCCGCGAGUACUCCAUCGCCUCCGCGCAGGCCGUCACCCCCACCAGCGUCGCGCUCAUGAUUGUCGUCGUCGACUGGGUCGACACAAAGGGCCGCACCCGCACCGGCCAGGCCACGCAGUACCUCAGCCGCCUCCAGCCCGGCGCCACCGUCACCGUCUCCGUGAAGCCCUCCGUCAUGAAGCUGCCCACCAAGGACACCGCGCCGCUCAUCAUGGCCGGUCUCGGAACCGGCCUGGCGCCCUUCCGCGCCUUCGUCCAGUACCGUGCCAUGCAAAAGGCCCAGGGCAAGGAGAUUGGCUCCAUCCUGCUGUACCUCGGCUCUCGUCACCAGCGCGAGGAGUACCUCUACGGCGAGGAGUGGGAGGCCUAUCUCGCCGCCGGCGUCGUCACCCUCGUCGGAAGCGCCUUCUCGCGAGACCAGCCCAAGAAGAUUUACAUCCAGGACAGGAUGCGCGAGACCUUGGACAGCAUCGUGCAGGCGUACAUCAAGGAGGGCGGUAGCUUCUACCUCUGCGGUCCUACGUGGCCUGUGCCUGAUGUGACGGCGGUGCUCAAGGAGGCCAUUGCCGCAGAGGCCAAGGCUUCAGGCAAGAAGGUUGACCCGAGCAAGGAGAUUGAGAGGCUCAAGGAGGACGGACGAUAUGUGCUUGAGGUUUACUAAGCGGCUGGCACAGUUUGAAUCUUUGACGUUGCGAAUAGAAGAGCGAUGCACAAAAGCAAAUUUGUAGAUAGACAAAUGACAUUUAUUCCCAACACACCUUCUAUUUUCGAUUUCACUCGCGUAUUCGUGUGUAUGUGAACAAAGUGUGCAAAGUGAUGCAUUUUCCAAAUGCACCUAAUAGAA